AGGGGGAGAAAGAGAAGCGGGAGGGAGAAAGGGUGAUGAUAAAACUCCACUGUGAGUCCUCCUGUAAGCUCAGUCAGAGCAAAAGAGCAACUGAGAGCAGAGGAACAGCAACGGAGCAGACAGAAAGGGACCUACACCACGCCACAAGUCUCUGCUCUCUGACGUGAAACCUGCACGUGGUCUUGUCUUGGACUUGGUGAUUUGUUGGGAAGUUUAGCGGGGAGCACCUGAGUUGUGUCAAGACGGAGACGGAGAAGAGCACGCUGCUACCUGUGUGUGUGUGAGUGGGUGUGUGUGAAUGUGUGUGUGUGUGUGAUAGAGGGUGAGGCUCUGGUUUAUACUUCAAGGAGACGACAAAGAUCAAACCUGGACCUCAUCCAUCUCCUGUUGGGCUGCAUCCCCUGCCGGUGCGACAGAAACACUGAACUCCAUCUCUUGAUGAAAGCCCAACUUUUGUGGAUCUUGCAGCUUUUCCAGCCACAACACAACUUUGCUGGAGACUGGAUCCACUGCCCAGUGUGAGAAACAGCAGGAGAGAGAGAGAGAGAGAGUGGGGGGAAAAAAAGGGAAUAUUGCCAUCCAUCUCUAGCCCACCCUCAGCUUUGGGACGCCCCUCCUCUCUGCCUCUUCUUUUGCCCCCUGUACCCCCCUCUCCUCCUCCUCCUCCUCCUCCUCCACCUCCUCCUCUUCCUCCUCUACACCUCACCCCCCAACAGAGCAGAAAGCGUGAAAAAUCUCACUAAUGGGUUUAUUUGCUGUCAGAUCUGCGCCGAUCUGUCAUUCCCUUGGACCAUUCUGCUUGACACAUUUCAUAGUUGAGUAAGCCUACUGGCUUUCUGGCUAGAGUUAACAGUGCCCCUGCAAAACGUUGCGCUGGCUGAGAGCUCAUCAAGAGGGGAGCAACGGCGGCAGCAGUCAGUCUGACAGUCUCUUGGACAGGGAGUCCCUGAAGCUGCAUUCCUCUGGUCUCCCUCUCCCCCCGCUGGGACUUUUUUGCAUUUGCGAGCUCUGUGGUGCAUCUUCAGCUUCUAUCCAAUCACGCACCAAUCACCGGUCCUCCACGGCUCCAAGAUUUCAGGUUGUUUCUGCAGAGACUGCUGGUGCUGAUUGAAGAACGGUGUGAAGAUGUGGUGUGGGGCUGGGCCUCUGGCCGUGGUGGCUGUGGUGGUGUUUUGGACUCAGUGUGUCCUUCUGGAUGGGGUUGAUGCCAAGAAGGAGAGAAAGAGGCCAAAGGAGGCCACACCACAACACACAGAGGCCUUCAAUGCUACUCUCUCCAACAGCGAAGAGGUCGGUGGCAGCGUCAAGGUUCCUGACAACCAGAGAGUGGAUCCACUGGGAUCAUGGAUGGACUUUGUCAAAAGACCCGUUGGCAACUUCCCUGGAAAGUGUCGCAAGCGCAAACGACCCCUGCCCGGCCCACCUGGUCCUCCAGGUCCUCCUGGCCCACAGGGACCUCCUGGCUCUCCUGGGGCUGAAGUUACCCAGGAAGUUCUUCUCCAGGAGUUCAAAGAGAUGAUUAAAGAGGCUACAGAGAGGAGAGCAGCAGCAUUGGACAGACAAACCAGCCCCAGCCAGCUACCUACAGCUCUCCUCACCCUGGAGGGGAUGACCUCCUACCGACGAAUAGAAGAGGCUUUCCACUGCAAGCUCAAGGGACCCGUGGUGGUCGACAAGAAGACUCUGGUGGAGCUCCAAAACUUUCAGACACCACCAGCUAAAGGAGCCUUCCUCAGAGGGACAGGAAUGGACCAGUCUACUGGGAGAUUUACAGCUCCCAUCACAGGGAUCUACCAGUUCUCUGCAAACGUCCACAUUGACCACAAUGAGGUGAAGAGGAGCAAGAGUCAGCUCAAGGCCAGGGAUAACGUCCGGGUGCUGAUCUGCAUCGAAUCACUGUGCCACAGAUACACGUCACUGGAGAUGAUUGUUGGAUUAGAAAGUAACAGCAAGAUCUUCACUGUCAGCGUUCAUGGGUUGCUGGAGCUCCAGGCCGGGCAGUACACCUCCAUAUUUGUGGAUAACGCAGCAGGCGCUUCCAUUACAAUACAGAACGGCUCCGAUUUUAUGGGCAUGCUGCUCGGUGUAUAACCUCACACAUGAACAGGGCAUCAUCCAAGCCAUCCACUGCUGCCAUAUAUGUUUGUUUUUUUCUUCUUCUUCUUCUUCUUCUUCAAUGGACUGCUUAUGAACACCACCACACACUACCAAACCACACGGGGGAGGGUUUGAAGGAAGGAGGUGAGGCUGACAUUGACUCGACUGCUUGUCGGAUGGUGAAAGGACAGUGUGAAGAACUCAAGGACUGAGUUUGUUUUUCACAGUGCGCUGCCACUUCCCCCGAGGAACUUGGAUGCCCGUCGCUUCACCAAUAAAAUAACCUGAAAAUAAAGCAGUGAAUACGUCAGUAUAUAUUUUUUCAUGGAUGUUGAAGACCUUUGCGGUAAACCAAAUAUCAAUGUUUUUAAACGUUCUCUGGGUAGAUGUUGGAAGAGCUAGGGAUCAUAAAACAGUUGUGCGUUUAAUGUAUACUGACAUGUUUAUAUUUUUUUGAUCUAAUAUGUACACACUCAAGAACUAUAGUUAUUUUUUACCAUGGAUUAAAUCUCACAUUUAUAUAUGUUAUAUGGUACAUAGACUGUGAGUACACUGGACAAUGGAAAUGCUCAAUAGACAGAAUAUGGCCUCACAAGAUCUUAGAAAAGUGACGUCCCACAUUAUGUAAUUACAUGUUGUGUAACUUAACUAUUACUGCAUUUUUGUAUUUUUUUUUUAAGCCUUGCAUGGCGCUCGGUCCACCACUUUGUGUUCAGACCGAAAUAUCGCCACAACUAUUUGAUGGAUUGCCAUGAUAUUUUGCACAGACGUUCAUGGCCCCAAGAGAUUGAAUCCUACUGAAUUUAGUGAUCCACUAACUUUUCCUCUUGCCUCACCAUGAGGUUGACAGUUUUUUUUAAGUGAAAUAUAUCACAACAGCUAUCGCCCGUAAAAUUUGGUUCCCACAAGAAGAACUAUAACCAACGUUGGCAUGUUAACACGCAAGAUGGUAUUAUACCUGCUAAACAUCAGCAUGUUGGCAUUUAGCUCAAGGAAUCAUUCUGCUUAAGUAGCAUAGUUUCAUAGAUUCCUAUGGCGUAUUCACAUUACGACAGAAAAACAAGGGCUCUCAUCGCUGUUCCACAUUGUUCAGCACGGUGUUUACCACUCCGUGUAACUCCCAUUGUUGCCGCGCUACAUGGCACCACCUUAGCUUGAUAUGAUGGAGGACAAUUUGCUCUUGCGCAGUUCUGGAAAAAUUCAAAGACUUUGUUUUCUCAGCCUUUCAGUUCAAGCGGUGGUCAGCAGUGAUUGGCGGAGCUUGGGUCAAAGCUCAACAAAUUUGAACUUUUGGAGCACCCCGGCUCCGUUCAGUGCACCACAGACCUCCGUUAUUGUGUAUUCGGAGUGUUGCAAUGGCUGCGUGUGGAUGAGACGAGUGCAUUAACUGUUUUUCCCGCAGUAACGUGAAUACGCCUUUACUCUACUUUAAAAAUCGGUGUACACCUUUUGACUGUAAGAGAGCGGUAAAGGAUAUUUGGGUCUUUUUUUUGUGUGUGUGUGUCAUCAUGUAUCAUCUGUUUUUGUUUUUACUGUAUUUUAUUCUUUUUCUCGACAUAUAGAUGUUUGUAAUUUAUCAUAACUGAUUCACCAGUAACUUUGGAAAGCAUUGAAAUAUGAUAUGGUAUUUAUGUUUGAGGAAUUGUAUGAAUCACGUGUUGAUUUACACUCUCAUGGACUGUUGAAACCACAGAUUAUUGCAAGAAUAAAAUUAUAUCUUUUUGUUAUUUUUUAUUACCCAUACUAUGCUGUAAUUUGAAAUUAAACUUUUUAAAAAUGUAA